AAUAAUCGCAUGUUAUGAAUUUUACAUUGAAAUCGCUAUGAUCCGUUACGCAAGUCACCACCCUGUAUAAUUAAGCCAUCAAGAAGUAUAAAUUGAUGGUUCGGAUUUCCAUUAGAAACAUAAGUAAAUUGUGAGUAACUGUGAGUAGUGACCUGUAUUUGCUUCCUUUAAGUGUAUAAUAAACGCAGAUGUAUAUAAGCACAUCAAUAUUGUUCAAUUAAAAUGACGUCCUUAAAGUAACCAACUAGCAAUAGCGAUUACGAAUGUAACUUUUUCUCUCAUGAUGUGUUGAACGAAGUCAGAAGCAUAACUCACCGUACGUGUUCAUAUAGGCAUACAACGAAACCUGAAUAUUUGUGUUGAAUAAUAUUGAUAUGUGUGUAUAUUGGUAGAGGAAGGUCGAAAAGUGUUUUGUUUUCGUUUUACAAUCGUUUCAUAAGCACAGAACUGUAGUAUUAUAACACUAGAUAGGUGAAAUAGAAGACUGCAGAAGUAUUGUCAAUAUAUAUAAAGAAAAGUGUAAUGCCAAAGAUCUAUAUGUUCCCUUACUUUGCUUAUAAUAAUUAAGGUUAAGAUCAUUUGUCUGGUGUAGUCAUACUUUUUACAUAUUGUAGAUUGAAUUUAGAAUAAUUACAACUUUCAAGUCAAUUGCAUAAUUUACAGUGCAAUUAAUUAUCGAGUAAGGUAACGUAGAAUUACCAACUUAGUUACUUAAUCAAACUCAAGGUGUCUUGGAAAAUGCUGUACAUUGAUUCCGUAAAACUGAACACUUUCACCGAACACAUUCCAAAACUCACUUAUACGGUCAAAUUAAAAUUAUUAAUCCAAUCAACUUUCGCUUAUGUGCAUUUCGUUUCAACACACCUUGUACAUUUGUUUUCACACGCGAACACACAGAAUUUUAUAUUUAUGUCAAAAUAAGUUGUAAAAAUAACAAAUAAAAUUCACAGUCCCGUGGCCUCGAAUUAGUAUCUUUUGUCUCUUACUAUGGAUUUCUUAGUAUUCAAAUUUUGGAGUUUAGUUGGUAACAUGUUACUAGAAUCAUUUGUUGGAUACUAGUGGAAGCUAACGGGUACCAAUAUCAGUUGGGAAGCCUCAAAUUUUAGUUGAAACACCCUGUACACUAAACAAAUUCAGUAUUUUUUUAAAGAAUGAGAUUUUGUACUGGCCAGUGGCCACUGUCUUGGUAACUUACAUUUACUGCUUUCCAUUUGAGUGCGUGAAGCUCUGGUGCAGUUCGUUCGGAGCAGCUCAUUUUGCAAGUUGUUCAUUUUUAACACAUUUGAAUUGACAUUCACAGUACGUAAAUAACCACAAAAGUGUUACAAGCCCCAAGAAAAUAGGUGGUGCAUGAGGGGACAAGGGAAAUCCAAUUUCGGGCGCGUCAGAGCUCGAAGCUUUCUUAAAAGGAACACAGGGCAUCGUGCACGGUACAGCUUAGAGCUCCUCUUUCACUCAAAUGGAAAGCAGUAAUUAAGACCAUUGAAUUCAAUCAUUUAGACCUGUCAAUUGGUAUUCGAAUUUAAUUAACGUACAUGACAAGUGGUAUUUGUUUGUUGUUUUUACAACUAUACACCCAGGGAUUUUAAUUUGGAAGAUUUACUCCAUAUUUGUAUACAGUGUUCCUAAAAAACAUGUUUAAGCCGCAGACAAUCUGGCCUUGAUUCGAAUAAGCUGGAAUGUCAAGCUGAACUAUCAUUUAUAAACGCACAUAUUCAAUCCGUUGCUUUUGAUUCCAAGGUGCGUGUGAAAUCGAUCACCGGGGCCGUUUAACCAAUUUUUAUUUUACCUUUGCCUACACGAAUUACGUAUAGAAUUACUGUGUGUCAAAAACCAACUUUGUAUUUAUGUGGAACUGCAUUUUGUAAUAAUUCAAUAAAACUUUCAUGUCGUUAUCAAAAUUAGUAGACUUAAAAAUAGUAGAUUUUGUAUAUGGCAAGGUUCCACCCUCGUUUAAUUUUUGAGAACUAAAUAGUACAGAGCUGUAAAAGUAGAAGCUCGAAAGUAAUUAUGGUGCAAUUAAUUUCGAUGGAUAUUUGUUAAUAACAAAUAGCUUUUAUAAAUCUGUGAUCUUACCUCAAUCUGCUGCUAAAGUAGUAAUAAUCAUUGUACAAGUUCAAAAAGUCGUGCAAUCAAAAUGUAUUUUUAUUACUCCACUAAGUAAUUGUCAUUUUACAAUUUACGUAACAUUCCAAAAUUACAUUACAAAUGUAAGAGUCUGAUUUUAUGUAUUAUUAAUUUGUUUGUUGUUAUAUCGUAACCGGGAUUAUUUCCAGUGGUCGCCAGGGCGGCACAAACAAUCUCCAAGUUCAUGACAUUCCCGAAGAUGUCCUAACUCGAGGGGCUCCUAGGUCGCAGUGUGCCGCCCCAAGAAUGGUAGCGAAUAACAGAAGUCGUGUCGUGUCGGCGACUAGAAAUCGUCUGGAAAGAAUUCAAAAUAGAAGAUCUGAUCAUAAUAUACGCGAAUACUGCCAUUCGUCGCUUGAAAAUCCGGAGAGUGAUAGACCACAAGAUAACAAGGAGAACGAGAGCACCCAGCCAAAACCGAGAACCUCACCCAAACCUAAUAAUCUCAUUAAUCGAAAUAACACAAGAGGCAUUCAGGAAACUAGACCACUUCACAUUUUCCAUUCUCAACCCUCGACGGACACUCGGGAAACCGCCCAUGUAAAUAAUUCCAGUACCUGUCCCCGUUCAAACACGAUGUCUUACUCGCUACCAAGAGGAUCAUUAAGCCUUUCACCAAGUCGAGUGGUCCCAUCUACCUCAGUGAAUAACUAUCAUCUUCCACGUUAUCACCCGCCCAACGCAACCACUAACAGUGUUACAUUGCGCAGAGAAACCACUCAGGGCACAUCUUCGCAGGGCACUAGUCAACCUUACGUCAGCCUGCCUUCCACCUCAAAAUCGACUGAACCAUCUAUCGCACUCCGUAGACCAAAGUGCUCCAAUGAGUCCUGGAUAAAUGCGCCUGAAUUUCGUCCCAAAAAUAAAGUUAAUACACCCGCUCUCUCUCUUAACGGGGUUGAGUUUGACAACAAUCUUUGUUUUAACUUAAUCGAAAAUGGGAUAUGCAAAUUGCAGCCGCAUUGUCCGUAUACGCACGAUGGAGAUUUGUGUGAAGUAUGUAACAGAAGGGUACUUCACCCUACUGACGAAGACCAAAGAGAGAGGCAUCGUCAGGUCUGCCAUCACACCCGAGGCUGGCGCGAGAACACGACUGCGCAGACGGCUCAAUCGAAAGACAAAAUCUGCGGAAUUUGUUUCGACAUAGUAGUCGAGAAGGAAACUUCUGAUCGCCGGUUCGGAAUCCUAAACCGGUGCAACCAUGUCUUUUGCUUAAGCUGCAUUCGCCAAUGGAGACAGGCGAGAAAUUUUGAAAACAAAGUGGUGAAAUCAUGCCCAUCUUGUCGUGUACCGUCGGAGUUUGUAUGUCCCAGCAACUACUGGGUUGAUACUAAGGAGGAAAAAGACAAAUUAAUUAAGUGUUACAAACAAGUUUUGGCAUAUAAGCCAUGCAAGUAUUUCAAACAGGGCGCAGGGGAGUGUCCUUUUGGAAACAAAUGCUUCUACCUACACGCUUUACCAGAUGGAACUAAGACUGAUGUCGGUCCUCCAAAGCGUCGUCCUCGACAGGCGCGCGAAGAUAGAGUUAUAGGAAUCGAGUUAGAUCAAAUGAUUCUAUGGGACUUGCAAGAUUUUGAUCCCCAUUGGUUAUAUUCCCUAACAGAGGAGUUUGAUGAUAUUUCGGCGUUUUUCUCUGACUCGGACGACUCCGACGGUUUCGACUUCGAGGUUAUAUUCCAAAGGGACUGAAUACUGUUCAUACUUUUGUUCAGCAAUAUAAGAAGUUGCCAGUAUGGACCUUCCUAAUGUGAUUUUAAAAUAACUGUUUAUA